AUGAGGCUCCUGCCUCUGGCCCUUGUGCCUGGCGCACUCGCCAUUUCACUCGAUAUCAAUGAUCCCAGCAGUGUGACGUCGGCUGCCUCGUCAGUGGCAUUUGACAUGAUGACUUCCUACACUGGGAACCAAACGGGCCAAGUUCCCGGACUCUUACCUGGUGGUUUGAGCUGCGAUCCCAACAACCCGGCAAUCUAUUGUUGGUGGGAGGCUGGCGCAAUGUUUGGCUCGCUCAUCCACUAUUGGCAGUACACGAAUGACUCCUCGUAUAAUCCUGUGGUGGCACAGGCGCUGCAAUUCCAACGUGGACCUGACAACAACUUCAACCCACCUAACCAAUCGAAGAGUAUGGGUGUCGACGAUCAGGUUUUCUGGGCCUUUUCCGCCAUGGAUGCCGUUGAAGCAAACUUUCCAGAGUCCGAUGAAGAAGACGCCCCGUCGUGGUUGUCGCUGGCCCAGGCCGUCUUCAACUAUCAGAAGGCUUUGUGGGACACUAAUACUUGCGGUGGUGGCUUCCAUUGGCAGGUGUUCCAGUUCAACGCCGGGUGGAAUUUGAAGAACGCUGUAUCUAACGGAGGGAAUUUCCAACUCGCUGCACGACUCGCGUAUGUGACGGGCAACUCAAGCUAUGCCGACUGGGCGAACAUGGUCUAUGACUGGAUGGAAACCAGUGCACUGAUGCAAACGGAUCCAUCGAGCGGCGUUCUCUACAUUUGGGACAACACCGAUUCAAACAACAACUGUACGGAUCAGACCAGAUAUGUGUGGACCUAUAACUACGGCACCCUUCUCGUGGGCUCCGCAUACAUGUACAACUUGACGAAUGGUAGUUCCGUCUGGGAGGAUCGAGUCAACACCAUCUUAAACAGCACCUUCACAUUGUUCUUCCCCUCACAAUACGGGGGCAACAUCUUGUCUGAAAUUCAAUGUGAAUCGACUCUGGUGUGCGACCAGGAUCAAAAGAGCUUCAAGGCAUAUUUGGCGAGAUGGUUGGCUGUGACCAGUCUGCUCGUGCCGUCUACAGCCCCCCAGAUUAUUCCGAAACUCCAGGCCAGUGCGCAGGCAGCUGCAGGACAAUGCGACGGUGGUGCCAACGGUCGUGAGUGCGGCAUGCAGUGGUACACGAGCACUUGGGACGGCUCGACUGGCGUUGGACAGCAGAUGGCUGCAUUGUCCGUUAUUGGCAGUGUUUUGAACUCACAAGCUCUGAUGCCCAAGUCCACAAGGACGGGCGCGACCUCGAAGAGUGACCCGAACGCCGGGUCCACGGCACCAACCAAUCCUGCCGCCUUGCGUGAUAACAUCACGACGGGCGACAAGGCUGGGGCAGGAAUCCUCACCCUCCUCAUGGCAGCCCUUGUCAUUGGUGCAGCAGUUUGCCUCGACAAGAUGGGUUACGCCUUCGAUAAAUGCAAGGAGAGGCCUGCGCACAUUGACGAGAUCCUGAACGGCCUCAACCGCUAUAACCCUGAGACGACGACCACGUUCCAGGAAUACGUCAACCAGCAGUGCGAGGAAAAGUUCUUUGACGCAUACGCAAGUCUCGCUCUGCUCAAAUUAUACCAAUUCAAUCCUCAACUCCUCCACCCCGAGACUGCGACAAACAUCCUUGUCAAAGCGCUGACCGUCUUCCCCUCACCAUCUUUCUCCCUCUGUCUUGCGCUUCUCCCUCCCUCGACUAUCCCCUACAGCCCUGGCAACACCUCGAUCCCCACCACGGAUCUCACUGAAUCAAUACAAAAGCUCACCCGACUAAACACCCUGCUCGAGUCCGCUCAGUACGAGGCAUUCUGGUCUACGCUUGAGUCAGACGAUCUUUACUCAGACCUCUACGCCGACGUCGUUGGAUUUGAGGACUUGGUGAGAAUACGUAUCGCGGGAGAGGUGGGAAAGACGUUUCGACAAAUCGACCUCAGUGUAUUGAGCGGAUGGCUGGAUUUGAGAGGGGAUGCGUUGACAAAGUUUGCCCAAACAGCCUGCGGCUGGAGGGUCACUGGGCAACAGGUAGACAUUCCAGCGAACGCAGAAAACGAAGCCAAGAGUGAGACAAAGGGUGAAAGGGUCGGAGUGGAUAUGUUUGGCCGAGUGUUCAGGAGAGGCUAUGAGGCGCCCGCUUGA